AUGAUCACCGACGGCCACGAAAACGCCUACCGCUCCGAGCGGCUCAUCUACCGGGCGGUAGAGAACAACGAGGCAGACAGCACCUUCAUCCACACCCAGCUCGAGAACGACCCGGUCAACGUCGCCCUCUCGGACCUCAAGUUGCUCAAGCCCCGGAGCAGCAAGCACAGCCACGCGAUGACCGAGCAGAUGGCAAAGUCCGUCCUGACGGUCAUGGUCUGCUUACCCCACGGAGCCGGGGCCGGGGCCGGGGCCGGGGAUAAGGACAAGACAGACGGAUCACAGGCCGAGGCGCCGAGGCCCAUCGGGUUCCUGUCCAUCGGUUGGGGUGGCAUAUCGGGGGAUACGGCGCACCAUCGGUCGGUGGGGCUCGGCAUCGCGCUGGCGGCGCCGUUCCGGGGCAAGGGGUACGGCUCCGAGGCCAUCAACUGGGCGCUGGACUGGGCGUUCCGGUACGGCAACUUCCACCGCGUCUACCUCGGCACCGUGUCGUACAACGAGCGGGCGCAGCACCUGUACAAGAAGCUCGGGUUCGUGGAGGAGGGCCGCAGCCGCGAGGCGCACUGGUUCGAUCGCAAGUGGCACGACCUGAUCAGCUACGGGAUGCUGGAGCAAGAGUGGGAAGCCCUGAGGGGGAUCAAGAAAGAGUAA